GGCGUACACCACCACACCUGGCUAGUUUUUGUAUUUUCAGUAGAGAUGGGAUUUCACCCUGUUGGUCAGGCUGGUUUCAAACUCCUGACCUCAAGUGAUCUACCCACCUUGGCCUUCCAGAGUGCUGACAUUAUAGGCGUAAGCCGUCAUGCCCUGCCCAAUUUAAAUGCUUGAUUUAUACUGUCCCCAUCCAGAACUUCACUUGCUCAGCCCAGGAGUCCGGCGGGGCUGAUCAAGGCAGGGAUGGUAGCUGUGUGUCUGCCAUAAUUACCCAGGUCAGUUAUAAUCGUGUUACUAGAUUUAUUUGAAGAUUUGAUACCAUUUUUCAAAUCUCAGGAAGUAUUUGAGUAAAUUGCUUGCUUCUAAAUUGGUUACCUAGAAAAUAAGUUCUAUGUCUGUUUACUAUGAUACCUGGAUUAAGUCUCUAUUUUGCUUUUUUCUUAAUAUCCUAUCUAUAUUAUUGGAUGAUUGAUGCCUAUUUUCUAUGGUUAUAAAUAUAGACAUUUUGAAGUCGGUAUAUAAAUUUUUCAAAAUAACUUCAUUGUGUUUCCUGUUUUAAAGUCUUAGAAUUAAUAUAUGGGUAUUUACCUUAUGUUAAUCUUACAUUUAGGAUUUUGUGAAAAUGGAAAAUUAUGAGGCAUUGGUAGGCUUUGAUCUCUGUAAGACACCGCUCUCCAGUGUUGCUCAGAAGAUUAUGUCUGCUAUGCAUUCAGGUGAUUUAGUGGAUUCUAAGACUUGGGGAAAGAGUACAGAGACUAUGGAAGUGAUAAACAAGUCCAGUGUUAAGUAUUCAGUACAACUUGAAGAUGGGAAGAAUCAAUCAGAAGAAAAGAAUCUUAAAUCUUUAGCAAGUCAGACAUCAAGAGGUUCCACCAAGCUCUCUCCUCAGGCCUUUGGUGUCAGGCUCACAGAUCAGCUGCUGUCAAUCGACCAAAAACAGAAGAGCAUCAGCUCAUUGACUCUUUCCAGUUGUUUAACUCCACAGUAUAAUCGAGAGGCUUCAGUUCUACAGAAAAAGGAACAUAAAAUAAUGUAUUUCCUAACAGAGAAUAUAAAUAAUGAAAAUAAAGGAAGCAUUAAUUUUAAAAGAAAACAUAUUACAUCUAAUAAUUCAUCAGAGAAAAUAAGUAAACAAAUGGCAUUGGAAGAUACUGAUGAGGCUGAAGCCUACCUGAAUUCUGGGAACUCAGGAGCGUUAAAAAAACAUUUUUGUGACAUUAGGUAUUUGGAUGAUUGGGCAAAAAGCCAGCUGACUGAAAUGCUCAAACAGGCAGCAGCCCUGGUGGUAACUCUAAUGUAUACUGAUGGUUCGACCCAGUUAAGAGCCGACCAGACUCCCAUUUCCUCUGUUAGAGGAAUUGUGGUGUUACUAAAAAGCCCAGCAGAGGGUGGCCGUGGGUGUCCAGAUGCCCCGGCCUAUGGCCCUGUUCUGCAGGGCUUUGUGCCAGGUGAUCCGUGUGUCUACAUUCAAAUAGAGCGCUCUGUUCUCUGGGACCAAAAACAGGAGGCACAUCGUCAAUUUGCCCGGAAUGUGCUAUUUCAAACACUGAAAUGUAAAUGUCCUGUUAUUUGCUUUAAUGCUAAGGAUUUUGUGAGAAUAGUGCUGCAGUUUUUCGGUAAUGAUGGCAGUUGGAAACAUGUUGCUGAUUUUGUAGGGCUAGAUCCCAGAAUUGCUGCAUGGCUUAUAGAUCCUAGUGAUGCUGCACCCUCUUUUGAAGAUUUAGUAGAAAAAUACUGUGACAAAUCCAUUACGGUUAAAGUGAGCAGCACAUACAGAAAUUCCUCAAGAAACAUUGUGAAUCAGAACGUACGUGAGAACCUGAAGAUACUCUACAGACUUACGAUGGACCUUUGCUCUAAACUGAAGGAUUAUGGUUUAUGGCAACUAUUUUGUACUUUGGAGCUUCCUCUGAUACCAAUUUUGGCAGUGAUGGAAAGCCACACCAUUCAGGUGAACAAAGAAGAGAUGGAGAAGACAUCCUCACUUCUUGGGGCUCGUCUCAAGGAAUUGGAACAAGAAGCUCAUUUUGUUGCAGGAGAACAGUUUCUUAUAAUGAGCAAUAAUCAGCUUCGAGAGAUCCUCUUUGGCAAGUUAAAGCUGCACCUGCUGAGUCCAAGGAACAGUUUCCCCAGAACGGGGCUGCAGAAAUACCCGUCCACAUCAGAAGCAGUGUUAAAUGCUCUGCGAGAUCUUCAUCCAUUACCCAAGAUAAUUUUGGAAUACAGGCAGGUUCACAAGAUCAAGUCAACCUUUGUAGACGGAUUACUAGCUUGCAUGAAAAAGGGCUCCAUUUCCUCUACAUGGAAUCAGACUGGAACUGUGACUGGAAGACUUUCAGCCAAACAUCCUAAUAUCCAAGGUAUCUCCAAGCACCCAAUUCAGAUUACGAAACCUAAGAAUUUUAAAGGUAAAGAAGACGAGAUUCUCACCAUCUCCCCGAGGGCCAUGUUUGUUUCAUCCAAAGGCCACACCUUUCUAGCAGCAGAUUUUUCACAGAUUGAAUUGCGCAUUCUUGCACAUUUAUCUGGGGAUCCAGAACUUCUGAAGUUAUUCCAGGAGUCUGAAAGAGAUGAUGUAUUUUCUACUCUGACUUCACAGUGGAAGGACGUGCCCGUGGAACACGUAACACAUGCAGACAGAGAGCAAACCAAGAAGGUGGUGUACUCGGUGGUCUAUGGAGCAGGAAAGGAGCGGCUUGCCGCUUGCCUUGGAGUUCCUGUUCAGGAAGCUGCCCAGUUUUUGGAGAGUUUUUUGCAGAAGUACAAGAAAAUCAAGGACUUUGCCCAAGCAGCUAUUGCCCAGUGCCACCGGACAGGUUAUAUGGUGUCCAUCAUGGGCAGAAGGAGACCCCUGCCGAGGAUUCGUGCUCGUGACCAGCAACUCCGGUCACAAGCAGAGCGACAGGCAGUGAACUUCGUGGUGCAAGGCUCCGCCGCUGACCUCUGCAAGCUGGCCAUGAUCCGUGUCUUCGCUGCAGUGGCCGCUUCCCGCACCUUGACGGCCAGGCUGGUGGCCCAGAUCCAUGACGAGCUGCUGUUUGAAGUGGAAGACUCGCAGAUCCCGGAGUGUGCAGCUCUCGUCAGGAGGACCAUGGAGUCCUUGGAGCAGGUGCAGGUGUUGGAGCUGCAGCUUCAGGUACCCCUCAAGGUGAGCCUGAGUGCCGGCCGUUCGUGGGGACACCUGGUGCCACUGCAGGAGGCCUGGGGCCCUCUAGGACCAAGUCGCACUGAGUCUCCCAGCAACAGCUUGGCUACCUCCGGGUCCCCCCUACCCCCACCCCCGACAACACCCGCCCCCGCCCCCGCAUUUUUUGCCUUCAUUUUGAGGACCACAGGGCCACUCUAUGAGAAGGCCUGCCCACCCAUUGCAGGCCUCUGCCAGGGCUGCGGCCUGGGGCCACCGAGGACCUUCAAGGGCCUGGGGUCACACGCGCUUAGGCCAUGA